UAUUGGAAUGUUUUGGAAGUUCCGGAUUGGAAGGUGUUGGACCAUCAGGGGAGGGGAGUAAAAAAAUUUCAGACGAGACACACAAAAAAAGUUCUUUUGCUCGAGCAGAAAAGUAGAUUAAAUUUUCUUGAAGUUGAAGGUGUUUGCAAAUUAUUUCUGAAUAUUUUGGAAGCUGAAAAAAACAAGAUGAGUGAUUUGUUGAGUGUGCCUCUUAAAAAGCCAGCUGAGGUGGAUGUCGUAAAGCCACUGAAGAAUCUAAUUCUGAGUUCUUAUGGAAGUAGCGAUAAAAUCGCCAAUUAUACCGAGGCCGUCAAUGAAUUUAGUAAAUUGAGGAACUCAGCAAUAUGGAAAUUCUUCGAGAAGUUCGAGAGUUCCCUUGACAUUGUCUACAACUACUACGAUCAACUGUGCGGUUUGGAAACAAAAAUCCCGGUUCAGGAGCUUCAGAUACCCUUUAAAUGGAAGGAUGCAUUCUCGAAAGGAUCAAUUUUUGGGGGACGUGCUAGUUUGACACUAUCAUCUCUGGGGUAUGAGAAAGUAUGCGUCUUGUUUAAUAUUGCUGCUCUCCAGAGCGCUGUUGCCGGAGCUCAGAGCCUAGACAGCGAUGAAGGAUUGCGAUUGGCCACAAAACUCUACCAACAGAGUGCAGGAAUCUUUACGCAUUUGAAGGCAGCUGUCCCGGCUGCUAUUCCCCAAGAACCUACCCCUGAUCUCUAUCAGGAAGUCCUCACAGUCCUCACCAAUCUCAUGGUAGCCCAAGCUCAGGAGAUCUUCGUGGUCAAGGCCAUCCGGGACAAGAUGAAGGAGCAGGUAAUUGCUAAACUCUGUUGCCAGUGCGAGGAGUUCUAUGCAGAAAGCCUACGAGGGCUGCAGAAGGAGUCCGUGAGGAAUUUGUGGGAGAAAGAAUGGAUAACAACAGUGGCUGGCAAACAGGCAGGAUUCCAUGCCAUGACACAGCUCUACACGAGUUUGGCUUGUCGUGCCAAUAAAAAAGUCGGCGAGGAGAUUGCUCGCCUCCAGCAUGCUGUUGAACUCUUCAAAGCCGCCCAGUCACGUUCCGGGAAAUCCUCAAUGUUCCAGGAGUACGCAGAACGGGCUCAGAGGAAUCUCGUGGAAUCCAAGAAGGACAAUGACUUCAUCUACAAUGAAAUCAUUCCGGAUGUCAAGACGCUAGAAGGACCUGGGAAGGCUCAGCUGGCCAAGGCCAUUACUCUAUCCUCUCCAUUGGGAUCAAACUACAAGGAUCUCUUUGGGGAUUUGGUACCAGUUGCUCUGCAUCAGGCUCUGUCUGCAUGCGAGGCACGAAAGACGGAAAUGGUUAAUGUGGAGAUUCAGAAGUUGCGUGAAGCCACGCAGAUGCUCAAUAGUGUCCUGGCAAGUCUCAAUCUUCCGGCAGCCAUUGAAAGCACCGCCGGAGGGUCAGGGCUGCCGCCUUCGCUGCAAGACAAGGCGAAGGGUGUAAGAGACAAUGGAGGAGUAUCCCAGAUCACUCGGAUGUUCAAGGAACUCCCAGAAGCUCUAACACGCAACAAGGAGAUCCUGGAUGAAUGCGAUCGGAUGCUCAAUGAUGAACGUGAUUCGGACAAUGCGCUCAAGAAUCAGUUCAAGGAGAGAUGGACCAGGACUCCAUCAGAGAAAUUAACUGAAGUCUUCAGGUCCAAUAUUGCAAAGUAUCGCGACAUUAUCAAUAAAGCAGUUCAGGCUGAUGCGAUUGUGCGUGGGAAAUUCGAGAGUCAUAUGAAUGGAAUCGAGAUAUUGUCAAAGUCCCCCGAUGAAUUGGAGAGAUCUGUGCCAAAUACUGGCUCUGCUGGGGUUUCUAAUAGCCCUAGUGUGAUGAAAUUGCGUAGCUUGAUGGAGAGCGUUGAGACAAUUAAGGCAGAGAGGGAUGCUAUCGAGGCUGAACUUAAAUCAGCCACUAUCAACAUGAAGGAGCAGUUUCUUUCGGCUCUGGCCAAGGAUGGGGCUAUCAAUGAGCCAGCUCUGUCUGUGGCGGAGAUCGGUAAAACCCUGGCUCCGUUGCAGGCUCAGGUACAGGAGAGUAUCAAACGUCAGGAGGGAAUUUUGUCUGAAGUGCAAUCUGCCCAUACGACUUUCACAAAUGAAUCUGGCGGUGCUAGCAAUACCAGAGAUGCUCUGCUCAUCCAAUUGGCAGCUGCCUAUGAUACCUUCAUGGAGCUGCAGGGCAAUCUGAAGGAGGGCACAAAGUUCUACAAUGAACUCACUGAGCUUCUUGUGACAUUCCAGAACAAAAUAUCCGAUUUCUGUUUUGCUCGAAAGACCGAAAAGGAUGAACUCAUGAAGGACCUUACGCAGCAGACCAGUCGAGCUGUUGCUCCUACACCGCAGCUACCAGCUCAUCAUGCUACAACUCCGGCAGUUCCGACUUCCACUGUGGACGGCAGUGUACCGUAUCCGGCAUCAGGAAUGGCCAAUAUGCCAAUGCCAUAUGGAGCAUCUCCAGCAGCACCCUAUCCUACAUAUGUUGCACCCCCGAUGCCACAGGGUUUCAACCCAUAUGCACCUCUUCCCUAUCCGCAGACUCCGUACUAUCAGGGAUUCCCUCAAGGUCCUCCACCAUCUCACUAUGCUACAUAUCCGGGUAGUCUGGCUCAUCAACAGCAACAACAGCAACCCGGUCAGCCUGGCUAUCCUCGUCAGCCUGGAUGGUAAUUAAUUCGUCCGCAAUAUGGAGCACACUUUCGGACUUGCAAAAUGUAAUAAAUUUAUGAUCAAGGAAAAAACAGCCCGAAAAACCUCUAAUAUGCAUGAAAUAUUAUUUUUGAAUAAAAGUUACAUAACUGUGCCUAUGGAUUAAUAAAAUGUAUUGUUUAUA